ACAAGAAGCUGUGUCCGUGUGUGUGUGUGUGUUUGUCUCUCUUAUUUCAACAGAUUGUGCCAGUGAAACAUUGCAAGCUUCUCCUGUUUUGAGACAGGAAAUCAAUCUCUGACAAUUGGCCCCAACGUGUGCUUUUUGGACUUGAGGCAGGCCUGCGCAGACACACAAGAAGCUGGCUGAAAAUUGAGGGACCGUCUACCAUUGAAUGGGGCGUCAUGAACCCCUAAGCACGAUCCUGAUUUAGAUACCGGUACUCACAGCAUACUUCCUGGUGAUUGGGUGAUGGUUAAGAAGUUCCUCCGAAAACAUUCUCUAGAGCCAAGAUAUGAUGGUCCAUUCCAAGGGUUGCUGACAACAGCUACUUCAGUAAAGUUUGCCCGGAAAGAACACUUGGAUACACGCAUCCCAUUGCAAAAAGGCUCCAGUUCCUGAGGAUUGUGACCCACCCGCAUCAGAAUGAAGUUAUAUAUCCUUCUUUUUACAGUGACAAUUGUAUACACACAGAAGGUGGCUAUCAGAGAAACAGAUCAUAGGAUGCAGUUUUGGUAUAAUUCAUCAAACACACAUGUAGCCACUUUCAUAUUUGAUUUCUGUACUAUGGUUUCUGUCCCUCAAUUCGAAUGGCAGUGUAACGUGUACCAGCGACAGUUGGUUGCCACCGGAGAUAUAUACAUAUGUGAUACUGUUGAGGAUUGUGACAAUUGGGAAUCUGUGGGUUGGAAAACAGGUGAUGGCUGGGAAUAUAGGCCACAGAGUGGCCUGAACAAAAAAGACAAACAUGGGGAGCCAUUACUUGAUAGACUGAGCUUAACAAAAACAGGUAUAUGGUCAAGUGGUGAGGAGGGACAUAGUACGAAGCUCAUCCUCACCAUAAAGAAUCCCAGUCCUACGGACGCAGGCACAUAUGUUAUAGGGGUACGGACCAGUGGAGGGGAGAGGGGACCACAUGCACAGUUUCAGAUUAAAGACAUGUAUAAUUCAUCUGAAUGGAAGGCCCUUCAAGCAGCCAGUGAUUCCCCUGAACCACAAGAAGAUAUGCGUACCUUAGAUGAUAUUGUGGCCAUAGCAGAUCCCACAUUUGAAGACACAAUGGCAGCUGAGACUGGUUUCUCGGAUGUCAACCUGUGGCUCGAAUGGAUGAGGUAUAGUGCAGGGAAACAUAAAAGAUCCAACUGUUACGUGUGUAGUGGAGCUAAACCCCAUUUGGGAACAGUACCAUUAAACAUACCUCCUACUCAAGAGGAGUGUUUUCUGAGCCUAUUUACCAACACUACUACUGAUCACUCCCAGUGUGAAACAUGGAAAAAGGAAUACCCAAUAAUAACAAAGACAGCAAGGCCUGGGGAAGGUAUCACUAUAUAUCCCGGUAAUUACACAUGUUAUGGAAAAUACCAGGGAGCGGGGAGGUUCUUGGGUAACUUCUCUGAGGGAUACUGUGCUUCAUACAGUAGUGUACCCGCAGAUUUAGUUCAAAAUCAAAUACAAUCCUUGGGAGAUGUGUAUUGGAUCUGUGGUGACAUGAAGAUUAGGACUAAAUUAACUGACAGAUGGACAGGGGAAUGUGCACUUGCUAAAGUCAUAAUGCCCUUGCACAUCUUUUCUGUAGAGGACCUGGUAACACAAGGGGAGCACUCCAAUAGAGAGCGUAAAAGUGCCCCAGCAGGUAGUUUUGACCCUCAUGUAUAUAUAGAUGCCAUAGGGGUUCCAAGGGGGGUCCCGGAUGAGUUUAAAGCUAGAGAUCAAGUAGCUGCUGAUUUUGAGUCCCUGAUUCCCAUAAUCACCAUAAAUAAGAAUGUAGAUUGGAUUAAUUAUAUUUACUAUAAUCAACAGAGGUUUGUUAACUACACCAGGGAUGCACUCCAAGGAAUAGCUGAACAGCUAGAGGCCACUUCACGGAUGACUUUCCAAAAUCGCAAGGCCCUAGACAUGAUAUUAGCUGAAAUGGGGGGUGUAUGUAAAAUAUUACCUGGAACAAGUACCUGUUCUACGUACAUUCCGGACAAUACAGGUCCGAAUGGCAAGGUAACAUUGGCCAUUAAGAAAUUAGAGGAACUCUCCAAAGAGUUAAAAAUAAAUUCAGGGCUGACAGAUCCCUGGGACCAGUAUUUUGGGUGGAUGAAAGGGUGGCAACGCAUUUGUACUCAAAUAGGUAUAGCCAUUUUGUUUUUGGUUAUAUUGGUUGUGGUGAUGUUUUAUUGUAUUCUGCCCUGUAUAAAGAAGCUGUUAGGGAAAGCAGCUGAAGAGGUAACUCCUACUUUUUAAAAUUUGGGUGAAAUGAAGGAAGUAGAAGAUGGACCAUAUCCUCUGUUACAGUCCUUGCCUGUUAAGACCACUUACAACAUUCUCAAGUAAGAGAAAGGGCAAAGAGAAUGUAGGAAUGGUACUUCUCAAAUAGACAUUUUAGGGGGGAUUGUGAUAGAAUGUAAUAAUGCCUAUUUUAGAAUUAAGCUAAUUUUUUAUCAGAACCAUUAAUAAUGUUUGAUAUUUUUUUAUAUAUUCAUAUUGUUUUUUAUAUUGUUGUUUUUUAAUUGUUUUUUUUUAUAUAUAUGCAUGUGUGAAAUAUAUGUAUCACAACAAAAGAUUAUUCUCCUUAAAGAGCUUAUAUCAGGAAUGAUAUAUAAUGUUUUUUACAUUAUAUCUAAAAGGACUGUGUUUCAAAAGUGUUUCCACUCCAUUUCUUCUCCUCUGCCUCCCCCCCCACCAAAGGAAUUCUUGUUACAUGACCUGGAGAAGUGUAUGCUGGACUGUUUGUACCCUUAUAUGGCAACACUCUUGCCUCUCGCUUUUUGAAUCUUGUAACCAGAGGACUCCUUCCAAACAUGGACUUCCUUCCCCUGCCCCCUGCUCCUAGACAGCUCCACCUUCUAGCCCAUCUCAUUAGGAAAAAGAGUGAUGCUCCUUGUAGAUUUCAGUAGGAAACCCCUGUGCUUUAGCCACAAACAAAAGACUUUGACAUGUGCUCACAGGAGGGGAGGGUGAAUGGGUGGGUCCAUGGGUGAUUGGGAGGGAACGAUGGGUGUGUAUAAUGUGAACCAAUCAAAUGUGUG